AUUGCAGCAGAGCUUCUCAUGGCCGAAGAAGAAGAGUCGCCUACACCUCUACAACAGAUCAACACCUAUCACUGUCUCUGUACCACCCUUAUUCUAACCACCACACAUAAACUUGAGUCACUCCCUCGCCGAGCUGAACCGGUCCAAGAUGGUGCUUUAAUUCUAGCCCCUCCUGUCGACAUAACUGCAUCUGGGGACGCGGUACGGGAAAAUCUCAAGCCUUCCAAUUCUAUCCUGCUCAAUAUUGUCUCCGACCGUAGGCCUGUGAUUGUUCGACGGGACGAUGGCUUUGAGAAGAGAACGCUUUUGAGAUGUGGAAGAUGCAACCUGGUCGUCGGCUACGGUCUCGAUCAGGCACAUUUUGAAACUGCAGAGCAGGAUUCAGGUCAGCAGAGGCCAAUGUAUCUACUCCCUGGAGGCAUGCUCAGUACAGCCGACAUGGCGAGUGGGAAGAGCGCACAACCCCCUCCGUGGGCAGAGAAUGGCGGAGGGGAAUAG